UGAGCUCUACCGGUCUUUCUUGUCCUCGCUGCCGAGCCGGGGAUCCGGCCUGAGCUAGUCACUCGGCGGUACCCGGGGCCCGUGUAGCAGGACAGCCAUCUAACACUGAAAUAAAGCCACCCGGCCAUUAAUGAGCUUGCCGCACCAAGCAGAGCCACACACCGGCCCCGAGUAACCGGCCAUCUGCAGCCAGACUGCCCCCAGCGCCACGUUAGACACCCAUCAGCCACGGCAUUGCCACAGCCCGGUGUUAUCUCCUGUGGAGACACAGCUAGCCACCCUCCUCCCCAGCUAGCCACCCUCCUCUCUUCCCCGUCCAGUCCCCGGUACCGGCGCUGGGGGGAUGCACACCGCGGCCAGCAGUUACCCCAUGGCCUCCCUGUAUGUGGGUGACCUGCACCCCGAUGUGACGGAGGCCAUGCUGUAUGAGAAGUUCAGCCCCGCGGGCCCCGUGCUGUCUAUCCGGGUGUGCAGAGACAUGAUCACCCGCCGCUCCCUGGGAUAUGCCUAUGUGAACUUCCAGCAGCCGGCAGAUGCUGAGCGGGCUCUGGAUACUAUGAACUUUGAUGUCAUCAAAGGAAAACCCAUUCGCAUCAUGUGGUCCCAGCGUGAUCCAUCCCUCAGAAAAUCUGGAGUGGGCAAUGUUUUCAUCAAGAACCUUGACAAAUCAAUUGAUAACAAAGCUCUUUAUGACACUUUCUCUGCGUUUGGGAACAUUCUCUCCUGUAAGGUAGUGUGUGAUGAGAAUGGCUCCAAGGGUUACGCAUUUGUGCACUUUGAGACCCAGGAUGCUGCAGACAGAGCCAUAGAGAAGAUGAACGGCAUGCUACUUAACGACCGCAAAGUGUUUGUUGGCCGUUUUAAAUGCCGCAGGGAGAGGGAGGCAGAGCUUGGAGCCAAAGCCAAGGAAUUCACAAAUGUUUACAUCAAAAACUUUGGGGAAGACAUGGACGAUGAGCGACUGAAGGAAACAUUCAGCAAAUACGGGAAGACUCUGAGCGUUAAGGUGAUGACUGAUCCCAGUGGCAAGUCCAAGGGGUUUGGCUUUGUCAGCUUUGAAAAGCACGAAGAUGCCAAUAAGGCUGUAGAUGACAUGAAUGGAAAAGACAUGAACGGGAAAAUUAUGUUCGUGGGCAGAGCACAGAAAAAGGUCGAACGUCAGGCUGAACUCAAAAGGAGGUUCGAGCAACUAAAGCAAGAAAGGAUCAGUCGUUAUCAGGGGGUGAAUUUGUACAUUAAAAACUUGGAUGACACAAUUGAUGAUGAGAAGCUGAGGAAGGAAUUUUCCCCAUUUGGAUCAAUUACAAGUGCCAAGGUUAUGCUAGAGGAUGGGCGCAGCAAAGGUUUUGGAUUUGUUUGCUUUUCUUCUCCAGAAGAGGCUACUAAAGCAGUGACUGAGAUGAAUGGACGUAUAGUAGGUUCUAAACCUUUAUAUGUAGCACUAGCUCAAAGAAAGGAAGAACGCAAAGCUCAUCUCACCAAUCAGUACAUGCAGCGCAUAGCUGGAAUGAGGGCUCUUCCUGCCAAUACACUUAUCAAUCAAUUCCAGCCUGCACCUGGGGGUUAUUUUGUUCCAGCUGUAGCACAGGCCCAAAGUAGACCUACAUACUAUGCACCCAAUCACAUGGCUCAAAUGCGACCUGGUCCUCGCUGGCAGCAGGCUGGCCGUCCCCAAGGGUUCCAACCAAUGCCAAAUACACUACGGCAGAGUGGUCCUCGCCAGUCAAUGCGCCACUUACCACCUUCCAGUACUCAGGGCACUCGUGGCAUCCCAAGCAUAACCCAGAGAGUUGGGGUGUCUUCUGCUACUCAAACAAUAGGUCCUCGACCGCCUGUGUCUGCUCCUCCUCCACGAGCUGUGCCUCCAUACAAAUACACACGCUGCCCACUUCCAGGAGUGCAGUCACUACAGACCCCACAGCCAGCAGUCCAUGUGCAAGGACAGGAACCUCUCACGGCCUCCAUGUUGGCUGCUGCUCCACCACAGGAACAGAAGCAGAUGUUGGGAGAACGUCUGUUCCCUCUUAUCCAAGCCAUGCACCCUUCUCUGGCAGGGAAGAUUACUGGAAUGCUGCUGGAAAUAGAUAACUCAGAGCUGCUACAUAUGCUGGAAUCUCCAGAGUCUCUGCGUUCCAAGGUCGAGGAAGCUGUAGCUGUUCUUCAAGCUCACCAAGCCAAAAAAGAGGCUGUGCAGAAGGUGGGGAUCGUUGCUGCUACCUCCUGAACCUGGGUGACCUGAAGGAAACAAGCCAAAUAAUCCCAGAAGGUGUGAGGUUUUGGGAAGUAGCUGAUAAAUCUGGUCUCCUCCACAUGCUGCUCUCCUCGGUCAGAGAUACUGUAAUGUCUGUAACACAUGAGGUCUAUGCACUGUCGCUUUAUGCUCUUGGGAUGAGAAACUGCAUCUAUGGUGAGCAUCACCAGGAUUCUUUCAAAAGGAUAACCUGACAUUUUACGGAUUGCAAAGGAUUUUUAUUUUUUGCGUUUUUAGUUUUAAGAAGACUGUAAGAAUGUGACAUCAAGGAAACAUUUCUCCGUGAAAUAAAAGAUUGAAGACUG